AGGCCUGGCAGUUUGUUGCUGAGCCCGUCGUACUGGCCGUGACACCGGCCCAAGCUCUGCCCGAUGCCGAGCUUAUCAUUUACGGCAACAACUUGCGCGGUGGCGCGGCUCACAUCUCCGAGGUCACAUUUGAUAGUGUUUCAGCUACCAUUUUGGCCGAAACCAAUGUGCUCGUCCGCGUGCUCCUUCCCCGUGGUCCUUCCAAGGGAAAUGCCACUUUACGCAUCACCGCAAGCACCGGGGCCUAUGCGGUUUUGAACAAUGCAGUGGAGUACCUCGAAGAUGCCAAUCUCACAAGUGUGGUUCCCUUCUCAGGUCAAUACGGAACGCGUGUGACCGUGACUGGCACCAACUUGCUUUUGGGUGGCACGCGCAUCUUGAGCGCCCGGUUGGCGGGCGUUGAGGCUGUCAUUGCGUCAGCGAACAAUUCGCAUGUUGUAUUGCUGGCCGGACGGGGCAGUGGUCUUGCCGGCUCUGGCCCUUUGCUCUUGAUUUCGGACAGCCUGGCAAGUUUUACGUCGGAUUCAAGUGUCUUCAGCUACCUGGACCUGGGAGAUGUCGAUUCAGUCGUGCCCAGCCGUGGUGUAAGCGGCGCGGUUGUAACGCUGACUGGCACCAAUCUUCUCGGUGGCGGCAGUAGCUUGACGAGCGUCACCUUUGGCUCGUCGUCAGCUACGGUUCUGUCGGCCACUAGCACCCGAGUUGUUGUGCAGACUAGUCUCGCACCUGCCCUCACACCAGUGGACCUCACAUUGGUAGCCGACACCGGUGCGGAAAUUACCCAGUCGCGGGGCUUUCAAUUUGUGGCUUUGCCCGUCAUCUCUAGCAUUGUGCCUACUAGUGGUAACCGCGGCACACGAGUGACGAUUCAAGGCCAGCGGCUGCUUCUUGGAGCUGAAGCGCUGCACUCGGUUGGAUUCAACAUCAGCGGUGCUUCCGCGACCAUUCUCUCAGCCAGUGCAUCUGAGCUUGUUGUACAGCUGGCUGAAACUGUGGCUGAACAGGCCGCACAGUUGGUGCUGACAAGCAUUGACAACGCCACCGUUACCACCAAUGCCACUUUGGACUUUGUCGCGCCGGCCGUUGUGGAAGAAGUGGAGCCAACAAUGGUUUACGCCGGCACACUCGUCACG